AUGAGUCCUACAGUAAAUGAUCCCGAUUAUAGAAGAUCUGCGGUCUCUCAAAAAAUAGAUGAUUUUCUUACAGCACGUAUUAUAAGUUCAGUUAUGAUAGCAUAUGGUGCGGUUAUAUGUAAUAAUGAUGCUCAAUACCAAUGUCAACAAUACCUAUGCAAUUGUAAUACCCCUAUUGGUAAAAAAAAUAGUACAAUUGCAGGUGGAUAUGGACCUAAUAAUGAUGGUAAAUAUGGUAGGUAUACAGAUGAUCAUAUAGUUUUAAUUUCUAAAUGGAGAAAUAUAUCAGACAUUGGCGAUAAUUCUUUUGGUUGGGCAUUUAAGUAUGAUUCAUGUGAUGGUUAUAAAAACAAAUGUUACAAACACGGUGGUGGUCCUUCUCACAAUAAAAGGUCUACCAAAUAUUUAAUUUGUGAAGCAAUGGCAUGCUAA